AAUCCAUCAUCAGUGAAAUAUGUUGGACUUUUGGCUUUAGCCAAGAUUCUUCCGACUCAUCCGAGACUGGUGUCAGAACAUCGGGAUAUCAUUCUGAAAUGUAUUGACGAUCCAGAUAUUAGUAUUCGUCUUCGCGCUCUAGAUUUGGUGGUUGGCAUGGUAAAUAAGAAAAACCUCUCCGACAUUGUCAAGCGAUUGAUGUCUCACCUUUUGCCAAGCAAUAAUAAUAACACUGAAGACGAUAAUAACGGAUCAUCGACCAAUUAUCCACCUCCUUCUACUUUGUUCGAACCGGCUUAUCGAGCCGAUAUUAUAAACCGCAUAAUAUACAUUUGUUCCCAGAAUUCAUACAGCAAUAUCACAAAUUUUGAAUGGUAUAUUGCUGUGCUAAUAGAUUUAACCAACAUCGCUGGUGUCAAAGUUGAUAAACUUUUAACAUCACAAAUAAUGGAUGUUGGUGUGCGUGUCAAGAGUGUAAGACAGUAUUGUGUCAAAACCAUGCAACGGUUGCUUUCGGACAAAAACCUUUUGGAAAACUGCAAACUUUCGCAUACCAAUGCUGAAGUCCUUUAUGCUGCGGCGUGGAUAACUGGGGAAUACUGCAGACCAUUUCACAUCAGUUAUUUGGAGAAUCCUCUUGAAACUAUCGAAUAUCUUAUUCAACCUGGUGUUACAAAACUUCCGCACUCUGUUCAGGCCGUAUAUGUCCAUAGUAUUCUAAAAAUAUAUGCGUUUUGGGCAAAUAAUUUGUCAUAUAGUUGGAACGACGAUGCUAAGCAAGAAUUAGCGCAGUUUACCUCAACGUUAAGGGAAAAAGUCGGGAUGUUCUGUUCGUGCCCGGAUUUGGAAGUACAAGAACGAGCAUACAACAUACGCGAGAUAUUAUCCAUAAUAUACGAGAAUUUGACGUCAACACCUAAAAAUGACUUUUCUGUUCUCGCAAAGCCUCCUCAAAUCAUCUCCGAGAUUCCGCCACUAUUUUUUUCUUAUGAACUCAAUCCUGUGGCUCCCAAAGCUCAAAAGAAAGUGCCCAUCCCCGAGGGACUAGAUUUGGAUGCAUGGAUAAAUGAACCUCUGCCCGAAUCAGGAAAUAGUGAAAGUGAAGAAGAGGAAGAGAGUUACGGGCAUGGAUAUGGUCAAAAGGUUGGUGGCAGUGGGGAUUUGAUAUUUUCAAGCGGGAACGGAAAUGCCGUGGGAAGGCGUAGAGGCAGAAAAUCAUUUAAAUAUGAGAGCGAAGAGGAGGACGAGGAGAUUAAAGAACGACGUCGAAAAGAAAGAAAGGAGAGAAUCAAGAAUGAUCCAUUCUAUAUUGGGGAUGAAAAAAAAUCGGUUAAACGAUCUAAUCUAGACGAACAUCCGGUUCGUACUAAAGAAGAGAUUGACGUGGAUUCUAUUCCCGUAGUGCGCUUGACAAUGGAUGAGUUCGAUCUUAAAUCAAGCAACAGAAAGUCAUCAAAGUCGAAAAAAUCAAAAGGCUCUAAAGGAGAAAGAGUGCAUUCUCAAUCUUCACCUCCGGCCCCGCCUGUUGUUUACACCGACAUCGGUGAGAUGCCCGAAAAUGCUACAAUUUCUGAUGAAGAAAAGGAAUUAGAAAAAUCAUGGAAUACCUCAUCAAAGAUAAAUAAUGGAAUACUGGAUGUAGAUUUUUCGGGGGUGGCGAAUAUAGAUCUAUCGACUCCUUUGGGAGAAGACGAGAAGCUUCCUCAGACGACAUUUUAUCUCUCUCCCGAGGAGGUAAGAAGGCAAGAGGAGGCGAGGAUGAGAAAGAAAUUGGAGGAAAGGCGUUUGAUUCUAGCGAAUGAACGGGCUUCCAAGACAAAGAAAACUAAGGAGGGUAAAGCUAAAAUAAAGGCCCCUACAGAAACUUCGAAAUUGCCUGAAAAAUCGCCAAAAUCAAAAAAAGCGGAAAAAGUCGCAAUACCCGAGCCUACUAUUACAUUAGUGGAAGUCAAUAAUGAUGAUGACGAAGUCAUAGAAACAAAUCAUACCAACAUAACGCCAGUUAAAACGCUAGUCGAUUCAGACGAUAUUCAAAUAGACUUUACGUUGACUCUAGGCUCUCCAACCGAAAAAACGAAUGAACCCCCGACGUUAAUAGCCAACUUCUCUCUUUGUAACAAGAAUUCUCUUCAUCUACCGCUUUCACAGUUUACGUUCACGUUUGAAUCGACGUCAGACAUUCAGUUUGAUAACCCGUUAAUAGAAAUAAGUGAUUUACGAUACCAAGAGAAAAGGGAUGUGAGUGUUGAUCUCAGGGUCCUUGGAAUAGUAGGCGUAGGGUUAACUGUGUCUGGAAAUACGACUUAUACAAUACAGUCCGACGAAGUUAAUACUAAGCACGAUAUUCCUAUCAGAUUUGAAUUACCCCUCAUGGUGUUUAUGCUAAAUCUACCUCGCAUAAGUUCCGAGCAAUAUGCUACUUUGAUUUCUCAGACCGACUUUCCAUUCACGGGAUCCACGAUUAUACAUCUUAAUGCUACAAUACACUCUGCUGAUCAAGCUUUCCAGAAUGAAUUAAUACGAUUAACCUCAUUUGCUACUGGAACCCACAUCGUUGAGCAAAUGCCAGGUGCAAUAACUAUUUAUGGAAAGAGUGUUCAAGGAUAUCAAGUCGUAGGAUUGGCAAAAUUAUUUGUCGGGAGACAACAGAUGAUAGAUGACGAUGAAUCCAUCAACGAAAAAACAAGCGUUAAGAUUGAACUCAAGUGUACGGAUCAGGCAUUUGUAGACGGAUUAAUUAGAGAAAUUGAAUACUUAUUUAGAGAGGAUUCAUGA